AUGCCUCUUAUUCAGCUCAAGUUUUGGAGCGCCAAUAGUUACCAUGAUCUGAAAGACAAUGGAUUCAGUUUGCUGGUUCUUGCAGUCCCUGGAUUUCUGGUUGCGGUAUUCUUGUUGAAGCGCUUCUGGGCUGAAAAUCGAUCUGCUGAACAGACAUUUUACAACGUUUACUUUCAUCCUCUCGCAAAGGUGCCUGGUCCAUGCUUCGCAAAGGUGAACGGAAGCUAUAUGGCUCCUGCGCAAGCAAUGCUUUGCCGGGCACAGACUCUACUCGAGCUCCACAAAAGAUAUGGCUCGGUGGUCCGGAUUGGGCCAGGAGAGGUCUCGAUUUCGGACUGGAAAACAUACCGAGAAAUCUAUAGCCAUGGUGCUAGCACCAAACAGAAAGACUUUUACGAAGCCACUCGACUUGCUGGCCACGACAACGUUUUCACCAUGAUCCAUAAGGAUGCUCAUGCGAGUCGACGCAAGAUUCAGGAGAAGUCUUAUUCGCAACAAAACAUUCUCACAAAUGAAUCAUUGAUAGCAGACAAAGCCGAGAUAUUGACUCGAAGAAUGGCCAAGGGAUCCCAGCAUGGGCAUUCCGUCGAUGCAUUUCGACUUGUUGGCUUGUUCAGCUUGGAGGUGAUCCUAGCCUGUGCAUACAAUCGUCAACACGGGGAUGAACCGACCGACGAAUGCACGACUCUUCUGACUGCGAUGGAUGCCUCGGCGGUUGCAAUUAUCACCAGCGCAGCUGUGCCUGGCCUCAAACGCUCAGUCGGAAGGCGUCUGCCUGGAUCCAUAGGCAAAGCAUUUAGGCAGUGGGAUUCCUGGCAGAAGAUAACUACUAACCUUCUUGACACAUUUCAGCAGCAUGAAUUAGCCCAGGACAAAACUGGCCGGUUCAUGACCACACCACUAUUGCUUAGUGUAGACAAACAUCUGGGUCGCAAGCUGAAGCGUGAUGAGUUAAUCGAGGAACUAAUGGGGCUCACUUUCGCGGGCAGCGGCACCACAUCCACAACGUUGACAUAUCUACUCUACGCUUUAGCCAAGGACUCUGACCGUCAAGAACGACUGCGGGAGGAGCUACGAAGCUCGGCCGGAGACAGCCUCAACGAGCUUCAGCCACUACCAUAUCUAAAUGCGGUAAUCAAAGAAACCUUGCGUCUCUACCCUACAAUCAUGUCAACUUUACCACGAGUCCUGAACAAACCUUUAGUCGUGGAUAAGCAUCUGUUGCCGGUCGGCACUUCCGUCGGCAUGCAAAAUUACGUGCAUCACCGCGACCCCAAUCUUUAUCCCCAGCCUGACGAAUUCUGUCCUGAACGAUGGUUGAUGGAUGAUGCUGUGAAGCUCAAGGAUAUGGACGCCGGUUUGACGCCCUUCUCCCUAGGACCAUACAACUGUAUUGGUCAGAACCUAGCCCGGGCGGAAUUGUAUCUAGCAGUUGGUCGAGUCUUCCGAGGACUGAAACUCACGCUGAACGCUACCAUGAAAGAUUCGGACAUGGAGUUGGAGGAUAGAUUCAACAUUGCUCCGAGAGGAAGGCGGCUAUUAUUUGAUGUGAAGAUCGUAUGA